UGGUUGCAGGCAAAGGGCGUGUUUCAGUCAAAAGGAAGCUGUCAAGCUUCUGUUUGAAAGCAGAAUCGGCUCUAUCCCCUAUAACACCUCCGCGGAGUGAAUGACAGGCGGAUACGGGACAGUAACGUCACUGCUCUGUCGCUCCUUUAACAUUGCGUAACGCGCGAUGCUGAUAUGCAAACGACCAGCUGAUAUUUCAUAGCUCAAGGCGGCCUGAUGGAGGGGACGAUUGCAGAUCUGAAAACAUCUUAGCACUGCAGAUCGUACACGGAAGGGAUCAAAAUUAUAUCCAGACGAUUUUCCACAGAGAUCUUCUGUGCAUUGAAGAACGAGUUUUUUGGCGUGUAAAGGAGACAGGAUGGCAGGCCCUGAUUCCCCGCAGCAGCAGGUUGAAGAGAAAGCCGAGCAGAUAGAUGACGCCGAGCUGGCGUUUCAAGGCAUCAAUAUGCUGCUCAAUAAUGGCUUCAAAGAAAGCGACGAGCUCUUCAGGAGAUACCGGACCCACAGUCCGCUGAUGAGCUUCGGUGCCAGUUUCGUCAGCUUCUUGAACGCCAUGAUGACAUUCGAGGAGGAAAAAAUGCAGAUGGCCAGCGAUGACCUGAGAACUACCGAAAAGCUUUGCGAGAGCGACAACGCCGGCGUCAUCGAGACCAUCCGCAACAAAAUCAAGAAGAGCAUGGACUCGCAGAGAUCAGGAGUGGCGAUUGUGGAUCGUCUUCAGAGACAGAUCAUCGUGGCCGACUGCCAGGUUUAUCUCGCCGUGCUGUCGUUCGUCAAACAGGAACUCUCAGCAUACAUCAAAGGAGGCUGGAUCCUCCGCAAGGCCUGGAAAAUGUACAACAAAUGCUACAGCGACAUCAGCCAACUGCAGGAAGCCUGUCGCCGACGCUCCUCCGACCAGCAGGGGGCGCUGGCCUCCGAUCAGGCCAACCACAACACCUCAGCCGAGAGCGGCAGCGGCGGCGGCGGCCGGGUAACAGAGGAGGUUCUGGACCGCCUGAAGGGUUCGGUCAGCUUCGGCUACGGGCUCUUUCACUUGUGUAUUUCGAUGGUGCCUCCACACCUGCUCAAGAUCGUCAACCUGCUGGGCUUCCCUGGAGACCGUCACCAAGGUCUCGCCUCAUUAGCAUACGCCAGCGAGAGCAAAGACAUGAAGGCGCCACUUGCCACUUUGGCUCUUCUUUGGUAUCACACCGUGGUGCAGCCGUUCUUUGCUCUGGACGGCUCUGACUCGCAUGCCGGGCUCCUGGAGGCCAAAGCCAUUCUGCACAAGAAGGCGAUGGUUUACCCAAACUCCUCUCUCUUCAUCUUCUUUAAGGGACGGGUGCAGAGAUUAGAGUGCCAAAUUAACAGUGCACUGGCGUCAUUUCAAGAUGCUCUGGAGUUCGCCUCAGACCAAAGAGAGAUUCAACACGUGUGCCUCUAUGAAAUUGGCUGGUGCAGCAUGAUAGAGAUGAACUUUGAAGACGCGUACAGGUCUUUCGAGCGUCUGAAGAAUGAAUCCCGCUGGUCACAGUGUUACUAUGCUUACCUCACUGGAGUAUGUCAGGGGGCUUCUGGCGAUCUAGAGGGAGCCAAAGCUGUUUUCCGAGAUGUCCAGAAGCUUUUUAAACGCAAGAACAAUCAGAUUGAGCAGUUUGCACUGAAAAGAGCAGAGAAGCUGAGGAAAGCCUCUCUCACGCGAGAGCUGUGCAUUCUGGGUGUUGUGGAGGUGCUGUACUUAUGGAAAGCUCUUCCAAACUGCUCUUCCUCCAAACUCCAGCUAAUGAACCAAGUGCUACAGGGUCUGGAUGACCAGUCAAGCCUGGGCCUAAAACACCUGCUGCUUGGUGCUAUUCAGAAAUGUCUUGGGAAUAUUAAAGACGCUGUUCAGUCGUUCCAGCUGGCAGCUCAGGAUGAGUACGGCCGUAUGAACAACAGCUAUGUGCAGCCAUAUUCCUGCUAUGAGCUGGGCUGCGUGUUACUGGCUAAACCUGAGACCCUGAGUAAAGGAAGAUCACUGCUGCUUCAGGCCAAGGAGAACUACGCCGGGUACGAUUUCGAGAACAGGCUGCACGUCCGCAUCCAUUCCGCCCUGGCCUCCAUAAAGGAAGUGGUCCCUCACUGACCCGUCCGUCGCACCUCAGCAGAGCCCCGUACUCUGACCGCUCCUGUCCAGCACUUUUUCAAACGAAAGCCAUUCGAAGUAAUUCUGCUUUCCUGGAGGGAGAAACGAAAAGUCAGCGGAUUUCAGGUGACGGAGGACGCGUUCGCCAAUAUUAUUUCCGCCUAGUAUUGAAAAGGUUCACUCUUCAUGUAGCUGUUGGUCCCAGUGAUCUGAUCUAAUUUUCACAUUCACAUUUACACCCACGUCAAGAGUUCGCGUGUUUAGGAUUGAUCUGCAGAAGUGCGGAAAAACAAAUCUCUCACGAAGAAACACAAAAGUAGACCAACUGGUUAGAUCCUUUCCCAGAGCUUGCGCUAUCAUACGAAACACAUUAGCAUGGGAUAGAACUCAACAUUAGAUAACAUUAAUACAUAAAAAUGAAAAAUAUAUUGUGUAACCCUUUAUCUCAAAGAAAUAAUAGUAUCCAAACUUACCUAUAACUUCCUGUAUGUCAAAUCAAGAUUGUAUGCGUCUGACGUAGUGGCCGACCGAUAUGAAGUAUUUUUAUUUUUUUUUUUUAAUCCAGUUUGCAUAGAAUUUGUGUUUUUGUGUCCAGUUUUACUAAAAAAUAAUUUAUGUCCUUGUUACUUUUUAUAAUGAUUACAGUAAAUUCUGUAACUAAUCCUAAACCAAACCUUGACUGUAAGUAACCAUGAGUGUUAGUUAGUUACUUUACACUGUACACUAUACAAGGACACUUUAAAAUAAAGUGUAACCAUAUUGUUUUUUAAUUAUUAUAUGUAUUUUUCUUUAUUAUUUAUAUAUAUAUAUAAUUUUCAGUAAAAAUAUUAGAAUGGUUGUUUAGAGUUUAGAUUAUGUGCAAAACUUCAAAACUCUUUUUUUUUGGAGCAAGUAGUGUUAAUAUGUUUAAAUUAAAAAAAAUAAUAAUAAUUUAACGAAAAUUAAACUUAAUUAAAAUUAUUUAUUAAUUAUAUAUUCUAUAUAAUUUUCAGUAAAAAUGUUAAAAUGGUUGUUUAGAAUUAUAAAUUGUUUGGGGUUUUUUGUUUGUUUUUUGUUGUUGUUUUGUGUGUUUUUUUGGACCCAAGUAGUAUAUUUUCAAAAUUAAAAUGUUAAUAUUUUUUACAGAAAAUUACAUAUAAUAAAUCAUUAAAAUAUUAUUUAUUAAUUACAUAUUAUGUACAAUUUUAUGUAAAAAUACUAACAUUUAUUUGUUUUAAAAAUAUUUAAAAAUGAAUGUUAUUAUUGUAAAGAAAAUUACAUAUAAUAAAUAAUAAUAAUAAUAAUAAUGAUUUAUUUAUAUAUAUAAUUUUUAGUAAAAAAUAACAGUUUGCAGAUAGAUAGUUAGUUAGUUAGUUAGUUAGUUAGUUAGUUAGUUAGUUAGUUACAUAUAGGAUUACCAAACUUCAUCAAGCUCCAUAAAUGAAUUAUUUUUUAUUAAUUAUUAAUUAUUAUUUUUGACCAAGUAGUGUUAAUAAUAUAUUUUUAAAAUAAAAACAUAAAUGUUAAUAUUUUUAAAGAAAAAUACAUAUAAUAAAUAAUUAAUAAAUGUUAUUUAUUAAUUAUAUAUUAUAUAAUUUUCAGUAAAAUUAUUAAAAUUUAUUUUUAUUUUAAAAAUAUUUAAAAAUGAAUGGUAAUAUUUGUAAAGAAAAUUACAUAUAAUACAUAAUACAUAAAUAAACUAAUUAUAUAUUAUAUAUAAUUUUCAGUAAAAAAAAAAUAUAUAGUUUAUAGAUAGAUAGAUAGAUAGAUAGUUACAUACAGUUAGUUAGUUACAUAUAGGAUUACCGAAGUUUGCUCCAUAAAUUAAUUAUAUAUGUAAUUUUCAGUAAAAAUGUUAAAAAUGGUUGUUUAGAAUGACAAAUUAUUUGCAAAAAAAUGAAAACUUUUAUUUUUGGACCAAGUAUUGUGAAUAAUAUAUUUAAUAAAUAAAUAAAUGUUCAUAUUUUUAAAGAAAAUGACAUAUAAUACAUUUU